GCCACAGCAGCCAACAGCAGCAGCAAGCAGCCAACAGCAGCCAACAGCAGCCAACAGCAAGCCAACACAGCAACAGCCAACAGCAGCAGCAGCCAACAGCAGCCAACAGCAGCCAACAGCAGCCAACAGCAGACAACAGCAGCCACACAGCAGCAGCCAAACAGACCACGCCUUCGCGUUGUCUUGAUCGCUGCAAUGCGGCAGGUCAGCGGGGUCAAAAUGAUGCAAGAGAAACUUGAAGCUUAG